AUGAGGAGAGCACCUUUCUUUCGAUUGUGUAACUUGUUACGCCAAAGAGAAUUGUUACGGGACACUAUUCAUAGCUCGAUCGAGGAACAAGUUGCCAUGUUCCUUCUAGUUGUAGGCCACAAUUUUAGAUUUAGGGCGUUACAACCUAUUUUUAGGAGGUCAACUGAGACAAUAAGUAGGCACUUUGGGGAGGUCCUCUAUGCUAUUGGUGAGCUAAGAAGUGAGAUGAUCAAACCACCGUCAACAGAUAUUCAUCCUAAAAUUCAGGGGAACCGAAGAUUCAACCCUUAUUUUAAGGAUUGCAUUGGUGCACUAGAUGGAACCCAUGUGCUCGCUCGGGUUCCAUCUACAAUGGCACCAGCCUUUAGGGGUAGGAAAGGUGUUACUACCCAAAAUGUUCUGGCUACAGCGGACUUUGAUCUUAAAUUUACAUAUAUACUUGCUGGUUGGGAAGGGUCUGCACAUGAUGCUCUCAUACUUACAGAUGCCUUGGAGAGGCCAGAUGGUAUUAGAGUCCCCGCAGGCAAAUACUACCUUGUUGACGCUGCCUACGCUGCUAGACCUGGUUUUCUUCCUCCAUACCGCGGAUGUCGAGACCACUUGAGAGAGUACGCGGGGGGCCUCAAUCCUCGUGACAAAAGAGAGUUGUUCAAUUUAAGACACUCCUCUCUUAGAGUCACAGUCGAGCGAGCAUUUGGUGUCUUCAAAAACCGUUUCAAGAUUGUCUACAACAAGCCUUUCCAUCCAUACAAAACCCAAGUGAAGUUGGUCCUUGCUUGUUGCAUACUUCAUAAUUGGAUACUUCAAUAUGGCAAUGAUGAAUUUGUACCACUAGAAGAUGGAUGGAAUCCAAGUGACGACGAGGAAGACGAUCCCGAUGAACUAGACCAAGAUAAUAGGAGUAUGGUCCAGAUUAGGGAUGAUUUGGCUUCAGAUAUGUGGGACAACCGGGGUUCAUCUAGGGUGUAGAUUGGAGUUUGAUAUGUAUUGUUCUAUGUUGUAUUGCAUUAAUGUGGGUUUUGGUCUAUUCCCCCUUGUA